AGACACAAUCGGCUAGUAAACAUGGUUAUGCUUCCUUUCACCCUCUCGCACUUUCACCAUAUCAUCAGAAGUCAAAACAAUACCAUGCCCACAGAAUUGACGCUUGUUUUCAGCUUGUAACGAUCUAUCAAGUAUCAACAAUGAAGUCUUACACAGUAUGUUGUUGUUGGACCAUGAUACAUGAUUCUUUGUGUUGGCGUUGUAGGUGAUUUUUUUUCCACCAUCGUUGCUCACGAUGAAUCGGUAUAAUUGAAUUUCAAUAAUCUUUCUCGCAAAAUAAAGAAAUCGAGGAACUUAGAAGACUUCGAUGGCUACUUGACCAUCUACUUCCACAAGCAUGUUGAGUAUACAUGAACUCCUUGCAUGUUAUCUUCCCACUUUAAUUUUUGUAGAAGACUAUUUUAUUAUGUUCUUAAAAAAGGUGACUGUUAACCUUUGGUUGGAAUCAAAUGGAGGUUCACUUCCUAUACAAAAUUGGUAUUUAGAAGAGCGGCAUCACAUGACACUAGUCAGUGGCUGCAUUGUGUUACAAGCAACAAUAAACCAGAGAUGUGGAGAUUUUCAUUUAAUUAUUGCUAUGCAAAACCAGAUGAAAUUUCUCUUUUUGCCUCAAUCAUUACCCAUUUUCUUACAACUUGUAAAAAUACUAAAAAGAUAUAGUGCAAGAUAUAUUAAAAUAUUUGGUGGGAUUCCUUUUUAUUCUUGAGAUAUUCAUGUGUGUAGGGGAAAAAGGCACAAGUUUUCUAGGGAAAAAGAGGGGGAACGAAGGAAUGAAUUGAAUAAUAAAAGUAUAUGUCUACAAGAAGUGAAUUGUGACUAGGAAAAAAGUUUUGGUGGAGGAUAUUUAAUAAAUUUUUAUAUUAAUCAAACACCUUAAUUUUUUCUUUUAGAUUAUUGGUGGUCUUUCAUGUACAAACAUAAAGUUUGGUGAAUCUUAUGUUGUCAUGUUAUCAUUAGUUCACCUUAUUGUGAUUACAAUUAGUAUAAAACGACUUGAACUAAGUGUUAAUAAUCUCUUGCAUGGAUGGACUACUUAUUUUUUGGUUUGCACAUGUCAGCUUAAGAUUUUCUUCUUGUAAAGAUUGUAAUGAGCUACAACAUAUGCAUUUGCAUGAGACCCUUGACCUACAUGAUAACCCUAUCCAUAACUGGGGCGAAACUAUAUGUCUCUUAGCCACUUGUGUUUGUCAUUGUUUCUCGAAAACUCAUGUGCAAGUGGGCAAUUGGAUUUCAUAAUUCUUCAUAUGUUUGGUACAGUUAUUUCUAGACACCAUAAACUUUAACUGACGUGAAAAAGACCUAGAAAUUGCACUUAUACCAGUAUAGGUAUAAACCAUGAUCUACGAGCCUUCACUCAUGUAUAAUUAAGCAUUCCAAAGAUUCAGCGACUUGUACACUGUCAUAUUCGAAAGGAUUAAACCCUUCUCAGUUGAUUUGAAAAGUUACAUAACAUUUUAGGGAGAGAGUAAAGAGUAAAUGAGGUGCAAGAACAAGACCGCAAAAAGGUUGUCCAAUAAAAGAACUAAUCUAUGCAACAUGCUUCAAUCCUCACACACAUUAGUAGUACAAUCAAGUGUGUAUGAUGAGGCUUAUAUAACAAAGUCAAAUGCCUCUCUCCCUCCCAUCUUUUGGUUUCUUCUCUAUAAGCUUUUUUUUUUAGAGGUGAUGGGAAUUAACAACAUUCCCUCCACUUUGUCCCUCUUUUUUCUUUGGCAAUUAGUGUUGUCCUUUCCUUUCCAUUAAUCAAUUUUCAAUCAAUAAACCCAAAUUUCCCCCCUUUUGUUGGGGUAAUUGGGAGAAACAAAAUUAAAAAAAAGGUAAAAAAAAAACCCACUCCCUUUUGUCAAGGAGAGGCCAUGCUUGCUUUUCUCACAGGGAAGGAAUAUAAUGCCAGAAGAGAGUGCUUGCUUCCUUAACCCCUUUUGGGCCCCACUUCUUCGGUCCAAUCACGUGGGCCCCGUUCCGUCUGGGCCCACGGGCCGUUCCCCCUUCCCACUCUCAAAAAAAAAAAAAGGAAAAGAGUGGAAUUUGUUGCGUGAAUCAAUAGAAUGGUGACGUGGCGGUGGCUUUUAGAGCGGGACGGGAUGGGAGGUUGUUGUUGUUUGUUGUCGUUGAAGUGGAGGCUUGGGCCCACCUUUUCCCGAUCCAAGCCCAACUUUGCUUCAAUGGCACACUUGUUUUUUCAAUUUUUUUUUGGUCCAGCCCAGAGAUGACAAUGUGAUUGGCUUCUUUAAUUAGAGGUGGCUAUACGGUACGGUCCGGUUAAAUUGGACCAAACUGAUCCGGUCCUAGUCCAGUCUUUUCGGGAAUAUAAGAACCAAAGAUUGGAUUGGAUACAGUCCGGUUUUGAUCUGGUCCGGUCCCAAUUUUAUCUUGAUUUUAGGUGUUGGGGGUCUCUUAUCCAGUAUUUACCGGUUUUUUACCUCAAAUCUAAGCCCGAAUAUGAGAUCGCAUUGUUUGCUAUCCGGUCCCAGUCCGGUCCCGGUCCGGGUUAUACGAUCCGGUUUCGGGUAAAACCAAACAGUCCGGGACCAAAUAGCCAGCCCUACCUUUAAUAGUCUUUUUAUAAUUUCCACCAUGACCAUCCCAUUUGGUUAAAUAAUUUAUUUUUAUUUUUACCCUUUUCAUUAUUGUUUAAUUUUUAAUUGCUAAAGAAGGCACGAUAGAUGGAUAGUGAUAAUGGGUAAGUUCAAUGCGUUGUUGGUUCUGUUGUUUUCACGGUGGGGCAGAAGAAGAAAGGGUUAAACCCACAAAUGGAUAGGGAUGCUCUCUGCAACUCUCAUGGUGGUUUGGUUCUUUGUCCACCCCAAACCUGGCAAAGUUUUUUUUUUGGUCCCCCAAGCAAGCAAAGAGAUCGACUAAGAGAGGCAAAAACCCUAAAAGAUGAACAAAAUGACGUAUUGAGGUGGUGUGUGGAAGGGCUCAUGAAAUAUGGGUGGUGAAUGAUGUCAAGGAGUUGAUUAUCGGGGUGUUUCGAAUGAUGUAUUGUUGGAAAAAUAGUUUAUCGAGAAGAACGUAUCGGUUUUGAGAUAGAGAUGAGUUUUGAAACGGAUAGUUCAUCGAGAUGUAUUGUUUAGAGAAAAAACUAUUUUUUUGUUGCGAUUGGAAUGCAAGGUGGUGAUCGAGUAUAUCGAUAUAUCUAUGAAUAUGUUGCUGACUCGCAACAAUGGCACCAAAAGUUUCCAUCAAGUAUUGUUGCAUGAUGUGUGCAGCACACGUACCUAAUACCCUCCCAAAAGAUGGAUAAUCCAAACCACCAUCCAUAUGUACGUUCAAAAUGUGUUGAGGUGUUUGCAUUGUCUCUUAAAAACAAUUUACCUCACAAUAAUUCAAAUUGUAGUGUCAAAAGAUUUGAUAGUAGAGCACUUGCACAAUAACAUAGUCCCCUUUGCAACUAAUUUUCUGAAACAAUCUUGUUGAUUGGAUUGUCUAAUGAUGAUUAAUUAGCAUGGAAUUUGCCACCCAAAUGUUGCGGUAUAAAUUGCCAUCAACAUUGCUUUCACGCGGUUACUUUUAUGGUUUUACUUCUACACUAAACUUGGAAAUCAUAUAUUUGAUUUCCUUUUCGUGUUUGAACGAUUACAUCGGUCUGAAAUUAAUCUGCUCGUAUUAUUGCUUUGUUUUGAUCGAAAGAGGGAAUGUUACAUAAUUGUUCUUGCCAGUAAUUUUCAUAUAUAUUAUCACAAAGAUUAUAAACCAUUUAUGUGAAAAUAGUUAAAAUAUAUGUCCACACUUUAUUAGGAGUUUAGGAGCAUCUAUCAAGCUAAUUUGUCUUCUCCAUUAAUUACCCAUCACCAAACUCCAGCUACGAUUAUGAACAUCCACCUUCAUUCAUUUCGACCGAUAUUCUCUAAAAAACUAUUCAUUCAUCCCUGACUUUUUUUCUUUAUGCGUAUCACCUUUUGAAAUAAAAAUCUCUAGAUUCAAAUCUAACGCUCAAUCACCAUUCAACCAGACAAUUGUAUUAACAUUCUCCCAACAACUUGCGAUGGACAGACACUACAUUUACCUCAUUUGUCCUCAUCAUUAAACAGAAUUAACUAUCUGGCCAUAUGAUGAUAUGAUAGCCAUCCAAUGAGCAAGAGGGACGUACUCUUCUUGUUGCGAAGAAGUUGACAAACAUGAAGGAGGGGUGAAUUUGGAUUGCCAUCAUUCCUUCAAACAUGCAACUCUCUUGCAUUUAAGUAUACCAAAUUUCCUGGUGAAAACAAUGUGUAGUGUGAGCCAAAUGAUAGCCAGAGAAGGUGAAAGAAAGUGGGUGUUAGAUUAAUGAAUUUGAGUAGGGCAAAGAGAGAGUGAGAGGACCCCUCAAACCCAAUAACUAAUGUAUAUAUGGCAGCAUCAAUUAAAAUCUGUGACCUGACCAAUACCUAAGAUAUGUGCAUUGUCUAUCACAUUAAUUGUUUAUAAUUAUAAAUUGGUCCACCAAGGUCAAGUCCAUGUAAAAUUUGGUAAAUGAUUCAUAAUUGUAAUGAUAAUUAACCAUGUCAAGAAAGUUUGUAAGAGUCUACAACAACCAAUAUGAGAUAUGGUAACUCUGAAUUCUAACAGUUAUUUAAAGCGCGCGAAUAUGCGUAAAAUUCGAGAAUUAACGACGUCUUCUAUAAAGUUCGGGAUUUGUGCUUAAUGUUUUAUUGUGUGUUUAGCACUCAGUGUUACUUCCUUGUAACGACAUCUCCCAUUAAACCCUCCAUUUUAGAGUAGGAAUUAUUUAUCUCAUGGUGAGAGCUUUAGGUUGACAACAUUUCAUCAGUUUCAAAACAUUAAUAUAAUGAACACGUUACUACGUUCGGUUUUCUCAAUCUCAACCUUCUCGGAAUCAUCCAUCCGACAUUUGUUUUUUUUUUCAGUUUCCCAAAAAUAACAUGGUAUCAAGUGUUUACAUGUAGAUAUAUGUUGCCAUGCAAAUGCAAUUAUGAUCAAACAAAAGGACAUAAUAAUUAUCAUAAGGCCUAUCUAUCUGCAUGUACGAUAUGGUUGGGGCCGUUGGUGGAAAGAGAUAUCCCAAGGGAAACAAAGCAACUCGUACACCUUCGUCCAUGGCUUUUCCAUUCCCAUGAAACCAAACAAAACCCUAAUAAAACAACACAAACCCAAAUGAGCUUCUCCACUCUAUACCAUAUUCGAGUUCUGUGAUUCACUGGCUGGCUGUACCCAGAAGAGAGAAGAGAUUAUGGAUCCAUGAAAGCUAGCUAUAAGGACAAAUUAAAAUGGGUAUUUGGAGAGAGGAGGAAAGGAACAAUUCUUUCUUAGUUCAUGAUAUUUAUGAAUGAAUGAAUGAAUGAAUGAUAAGGAGAGGAUAACGAGUUAAGCAUUUAACUUCCACGAUGGUUCAUUCACCCUUUGCUUCUUGUGUUGCUCCCAUUUAGGGAAAUCCCACAUGCAAGAGAACGACAUAAUAAGGCUAAGCUAUCAUUAUUGGACCUCUCUUGUAACAUCCCUCUCUCUCUCUCUCUCUCUCUCUCUCUCUCUCUCUCUCUCUCUCUAGUUCUAAACCGUAUCAUACGGCUUGCCAGACCGUAAAAAUCGUCUGCCAUCGUUCAAUUCGGGUCGGUAUGUAUAAUGCGAAUAAUACCAAUUUUUAGCG